CAUGACUGCUACCACCCCUCUACCCUCGUCUGUACUUUGUCAUAGUGAGCUUAUCCGUAACAGCAAUAAUGCCGCCGAAUGAACCAGCAAUCCCUGGGGCAUUAGCAGAGAAUAUCCCUGAGUGCCCGUCCCCUGAAAAAACGGAGAAGGCUGAACACCACUACUUGCGCCGUAACUUUAUAUGGGCUAAGGCAAACAAUUCAACUCCCGCACAAGAAUAUGAUAGUCCAGGGCAGCACUGGGGUGCUCCGCGUUCGCAAUAUGAUUGGCAGCCAUAUGACCCAUCAUCCGUUCAGCCUGCGCCACCUCGCGAGGACAUCGAGAAUUACUUUUACCUCGAUAUCCGGUAUGCUGACCGGGACACGGAACCUGAUGCAGUUUUCAGUCAUUUCAGUAGUACCUUGAUUGACUUCUCGCGCAUGGCUAUUGGCGACGAAUUUUUCGAACCAAACCCAGAAUCGCCUCUCCCUCACUUUGUCUUCAAACUCGAUAAGCUCAAGGCCCACCAUUUGGAUGCACGUUCAGCUUUAUCUAAUCUUUCAGGGGAGGAGUUGAAGAAAAAAGCACGCGAUCUUGGCCGUUUGGACUCGUUGACCCCCCAGAAAACUAUACAAGAUGCCCAGCAGUACCUCGAGGAUCUCGUUGAUCAGUUGGACAUUCUCAUACCUUUGGUUGAGAAAGAGUUCGAACCUAUAUCCAAGCGCCUGGAACUAGAGCUAUCUUAUGGCCACAUUUCAUUUGAUCUUCUCAAGUACUACUUCAAGAAAGGAGAGAGAUACUAUUACGAGUCUUUCGGCGAUAAGCUGGCCUUUGUACUAAAUGACACGAGCAAGGACUCGACUUUUGGUAUUCUUAGCGUUAAUGGCCGUGGUAUGAUAUGGGAUGGCCAUGCAUAUGUCUACGUGAGAAGAGAUGUUGGCAUUGGUCGUUACCCCGGGACAAAGGCAUUAUCUGAUCUUGAGUGCAAGAUCAUGCAAGAAGAUGUACACAAUGAACUGACUGAGCGCGGAAGAUUGUAUGCUGCUGUGUCGGGGAUUCAUUUCAAGUCAUAUGAUGGCCGCCGUGUGGUCAUUGAUAAAAAUGGCUAUCGUAACAGAAAGCCGGGCUCCCCACGUGACUAUGAUGAUGAAUAUAUUCCCCAUUAUGCACCUUCAAUUGUUGAUGGUGACGUACUUCAUUCUCGUCCUGGUUCCCCUUGCGCCGGUGACAACUCACGGCCGGAAUUUUUAGAGGAAGACCGACUGUACCUUUUACCAGUGAAAGUACAAGGUUUCGAUAUCCAUCGCAAGUCUUGGGAGACGUUUGACGUUCGUAAACUUGAGGAGAUCCAUUUUGAUGAACAUGCUUGGGACCAUCUCGUUCUUAAUAAAUCGACAAAGGCUCUUGUCAAAGGGCUCGUCAAUGUUACGAGGAUGACCAAUACAUCCAAGGAGGUGUUCUCUGACGUCAUUACUGGGAAAGGUGGAGGAUUGAUUGCGCUCCUACAUGGUCCACCUGGGACAGGCAAAACUCUGACCGCGGAAGCUGUGGCCGAACACUUGAAACGACCACUCUAUGUUCUCAGUUCACUUGAGCUUUCGACUGUACCCGCUGAAUUGGAGAAAAAGCUGGGUGAUGUUCUGAAGCUUGCAACGACAUGGGAUGCAGUCGUCCUCAUUGACGAAGCCGAUGUGUUUCUGGAGCAGAGGAGUCUUCAUGAGUUGGAGCGAAACGCUCUCGUUUCUGUUGCUCUUCGGGUCCUCGAGUACCAUCGCGGUGUCCUUUUCUUGACUACCAAUCGUAUUCAAGCCUUUGACGAAGCCUUCCUAUCCCGGUUUUCCAUUGCCGUGAAGUACCCAGAGCUGGAUGUUGACGCCCGUUUGACCAUCUGGCGCAAAUUCUUUGAGCUUGCUGGGUGCGAACUGUGGGGUGGCAGUGGACAGCCUGAAGACGGACGGCAGAGCCCGGAUGAGUUUGUCAAACUUGAAGGACAAGAACCGCAAUGCUAUGUUUCGCUUGCCGACCUGAAGGAACUGGCUGCGAAGCCUUUCAACGGUCGUACUAUCAAGAAUCUUGUGCGGACCGCACAAGCGUUGGCCAUGUCAUCGGACGAACCGCUUUCCCUUGAACACGUCAAGGUUGUAGUUGAAGCGCAAGAGAAAUUCUUGACCGAGUUUGCUAACAUGAAAGUAUGACCGACCGUCCCAUUAUGACCGCGGAUCUUUGGCUAUUGUGUAACAGGUUGUUACGUUGUUUUUGUACGUGGUGUCUUUGACAGAAUCUUAAACAAGCAUAGCAUCGAGUCACAGGGUUGAUGUCCAACAAGAUUGUACAGACACAAGAUAAGGUUGAAUGAAACUUUUUUGAGGGGGCUUUGGUGUUGGACACCAGUUGUCCGUCGUACGUUGA